GCCGCCGAGCUGCUGUCCGCCCUCGCGGCGAAGACGCACAACCCGCGCAUCGCGACGCUGGCCGUGCGCGCGAAGCUGGACGCGUUUACGCGCGUCAAGAAGGCCAUCGACGACAUGAUCGCGCAGCUCCAGGAGGAAAAGGCUGCAGAGAUCAAGCACAAGGACUUCUGUGUCGACGAGUUCAACCAGAACCAGCUCCAGACCGAGAAGAAGGAGCGGGACAAGGAGGACCUGCUCGCCAAGAUCGAGGGGCUGGAGAUGUCGAUCAAGCAGCUCGCGGAGGCGAUCGACGCGCUGAAGGCGGAGAUCGUCGAGAUGCAGGUGCAGCUGAAGCGUGCCGGCGAGGACCGCGAGAAAGAGAACAGGAUCUUCCAGACCGUGGUGGCCGACCAGAGGGAGACGCAGAAGCUCCUGCAGGCCGCCCUGGGCGUGCUGCAGGACUUCUACGGCAAGGCCGCCGCUGCCUCGCUGGUCCAGAAGCAGGAGCCCGCGGGGCCUCCGCCCCCGCCGGGCUUCGACGAGUACAAGAAAAGCGCGGCUAGCGGCGGCGUCCUCGCCAUGCUCCAGCAGAUCAUCCAGGACGCGAAGGCCAUGGAACAGGACACCGUCCGCGACGAGACCGACGCCCAGAAGGCCUACGAGGACUUCGUCAAGGAGACCAACCGCUCGAUCGAGGCCAAGAGCAAGGACAUUGUAAACAAGUCCGAGGUCAAGGCGCAGGCCGAGGCGGACCUCGUGGAGGCCAAGGACAACAAGGAGUCCGUCCUGCUCGAGCUGGAGCAGCUGUCGAAUUACAAU